AUGAGCCAGUUUCUCUCCGAUUUAACCUCCAGCCCCCGUUUUCAGCUCGCGGCAACGGCUGUCUUAUCGGGAGCUACAGUUGCUGCUCUUAUUCUAGGGCACCAGGCAUUGGAGCAGGAAGAGAGAUUAUCCGAACUCAAGAGCUCUAUCCCCGACCUGGCUGAUACUGACGAUGCUAGGCGUAUAAUAAAGAACAGAACUGCCAACCAUAAAUUCGUGGACAAGGAAGACCUCCGCAAUGAAGCUCUCGCCAGACGCGCCCAACAAGGCGACUUCGACGAAGAGCUCAUCCUCGAGCAGCUAGCCCGCAACCGCGUCUUCCUCGGCGAUGACGGCCUCGCAAAACUCCGCGACGCCUUCGUCAUCGUCGUCGGCCUCGGCGGCGUCGGGUCGCACUGCACCGCUGCCCUCGCGCGCUCCGGCGUCUCGCGUCUGCGCCUGGUCGACUUCGACCAGGUCACUCUGAGCUCGCUGAACAGGCACGCCGUGGCGACGUUGGCGGACGUGGGGAUGCCAAAGGUUCACUGCAUGCACAGGAGGCUCAUCGCCAUCACGCCGUGGGUCAAGUUCGAUCUGAGGCAGGAGAAAUUCGAUACCGACGUUGCCGAGGAUUUGCUUGCGCCGUGGCAGGAGGAUGGGAGGAAACCUGACUUUAUUAUUGACGCGAUUGAUAACAUCGAUACCAAGGUCGCCCUCCUGAAGUUCUGCCAUGAUCACGAGCUGCCUGUGAUUUCUGCGGCAGGAUCGGGCUGCAAGAGUGAUCCCACUAGGGUGAUGGUGGGCGAUAUUUCGGGUACCACGAAUGAUCCGCUGUCGAGGUCUACGCGCCGCCGGUUGAAGCUGCAGGGUGUCACUUCGGGCGUCCCCGUGGUGUACUCUGUUGAAAAAAGCGGCGAGGGCAAGGCCUCCCUCAUGCCCCUGGCCGACGAGGAAUUCGAGAAGGGUUCUGUGGGUGAUCUCGGUGCGCUGCCCAACUUCCGCGUCCGGAUAUUACCAGUCCUCGGUACUAUGCCCGCUAUAUUUGGGUACACCGUGGCGAACCACGUCAUAUUGUCCAUUACAGGUUACCCAAUCAACUACCCUACCGUGAAGACUCGAGAAAAGCUUUACGACGCAGCCCUUGCAUAUUUACAGGGUGUAGAAGAGAAACUUGUCCGCGCGACCGAGGGCGUCUCCGACCCCAACGCAGCGGUGGGAUUCAAGCUCCCUAUUUCCGUGGGAGACGCCGCCUACCUAAUCGAGGAGGCGUACCGCGGCAGGAGCGUCGUCUCGGGCGUCCCGACAAAACUUGUCCUCGUCCGGUGGCACCGUCCCGAAGGUUCCGUGAUGAACAAGAUUGGAAGCGGGGCCGACGAGCAAAAGACCUCGAACAUCAGACUACGCAACAUUGUUUGCAUGACGAAGGAAGAGGCUACGCGACACUACGAGAAGGUGCUCAAGGGUGGUGCGAAGCUGGAAGAUUUGUAUGAUAGCGAGGUGCUGGAGCGUGUGGCGGCGCGGCUGGUCGAAGCUGGGAAAGCAGAGAGGUUCAGAUUGUAG